AUGAACUCUAAUCCUAAACCUACCAAAGUGACCGCAACAGCUUCUUCAACAGCUGAUGGUUUAACAACAAUUGCUACUAUAUCAGUUUCUAUAUCUGCAGCAUCUUCCCCGACCACCAAUCGAUCACAAAAUGCAUCAAGUUCACGUCUUUUCAAUAGAAAUAAAGAUCGACAAUUUACUCCUUAUCAAAAACCUGCAAUUGGAUUUGCUUCCAGAAAAUUCAAAACUAGAAUUCCAGAUUCUUCUGAAUUGAAUUCUAAAAUAAAUACAUAUGCUAACAAACUUAUUGAAGAAUUAACAGGACAACAAGAAGUUCUUGAGGAAAAAAUCAAUAAAGAAGAUAUUAUUAUCGAAAUAUCUAAACUUGAACAAAAUUUAGAGACUGAAUCCAACGAUUCAUCAUCAAGAAGUAGAUUAUCUAUUAAACAAGCAUUACCAGCUACACAAGUUAUUACACCAAUUCCAACAGAACCUUCUCCUCCUCUUUCAUUUGUUAAUCCAGUAAAGUUUUUGGAAGAUAUUCACGAAGCAUCUGAAAAUAUUGAAAAUAAUAAUAAAGAGAAUAGGAUAAUUAAUGUGAAUGGAGAAGAGAAUGAAGGGAAUAAGGUAGUAUUAGUAGAUGUUAAUAAAGUAGUAGUUUGUGAAUUGGUUGAAAAGGCCGACGAAAUGAAUAUAGAAGAUAAAUGA